GUCAAACGUGUUAACAACGUAAGAAUAGCCAUACAGAAAUAAAUCUAAUUAUUUCUGGGGCGAUCCUUUCAAUGUCUUGAUUUUAAUUAAAUAAUUAGUUUUUCCCAAGAAAUCAUGGCUAACGAAACGCCAGAAAGUGAUUUCUCAAUAGAAUGCUUCCAAAACUACACAGCACCGGAAGUCUUUGUGCAAGGACUAGCGGGGAUGGUUGACCAAACAGAUGUGGAGACUAUCAUCAGAGCACAGAAGAAUAUCUCUACGGACAAUGGGCAUAUCCUGAAAAUUCGUCUGGAACAUUCCAGGCUUCAACGCUUCGAGAAGACGACGGAAAUGCUGACAAAUUGCAACCAGCUGUCAGCGAGCCGGCUGCGCGCUGCCUCCACCGAGUUUAGGAAGCAUACUCAACUGUUGCUGGAUAUGCGGAAGGACCUGGAGUUUAUAUUUAAGAAGAUAAGGGCUAUUAAGACUAAGCUAAGCACACAAUACCCAGAAGCCUACAAGGUAGCCGUGAACGCAUCACUAGCAAACAAGACACCCAUAGACGAAGAAUUCAAGCCCACAGAACCUCACACCGAAUCCAAAAUGGUGGCCACAGUGUCCACGGAAACCUUAAAACCGAUCGUCAGCGAAGAUAAGAAAAAAAAGAAGGAGGUUAAGAUAAAAACUCCUAAGGAAGAAGUUAAGAAGGUUAGGAGUAGCAGUUCUAGUGAAACUGAGAGUGCUAGUUCGGGGGAUGAUAGUAGUACAGAUACUGGGUGAGAUUAGUUAUCUUGCACUAUUGUAUCUCUAACGGGAUUAUUAAAUUAUGGGCGCCAUUUGUAACAUGACAGGUUUUGAGGAUGGUCAAAAUAAUAAAUGGUGUAAAGGUCAUACCGUAAAACUACCCAACUAUAGUCCAAUACUGCAACUAUGGUCCACAAGUUCAAAAGUUAUACCAAUGUUCCUUUUGGUUUACUCCUAGUUUUACCUUCCAUUUAUAAACAUACUUUGCCUCAGAACUACAAAAAUAUAGUAAAAUAAACACCAGACCGAGAAAAAAUGAGUUUAUUUUUGGACCAUAGUUGGGAGCUUUGGACUAUAGUUGGGUGGUUUUACGGUACACAGAUUGUAAUAGUACAUUACGAUACAAGUGGCGAUAAAUUAAAACACGACCGAAGGAAGUGUUUUAAAUCGACACGAGUUGCGAAUUACUUAUUCGCACAUGUAUCGUACAACGUUUUACAGUACAUAUGGCCCUUUAAAUGUUCGACACAGUAAUGUAAUAUGCUAAUUUUCGCACUAGUGCUAUAAAGUAGCACCAUAUGUACUGUAAUAGUAUGUUAUACAAUCGUGAUAUAAUAGAGAGCUUUUCAGUAAGCUUCGUUGCCUAAGUAAGGUACGAUAUUGAAAAGCUUGAUUAUAUCACUAUUGUAUACUAUACUUUUUCUAAGAGUCAUCUAAAAUAAUACUUUUUUUACUAUAAACCCUGAAUAAGUAAUGAAAAUUGGUAAGUGUCUCAGUAGACAAAAAUAUAGUAGAAAAGAAUUAACCGCGCGAAUCACCGCCCGCCUGUCCCCCGUUUAGUCUUCUAUCGGGGCGCGGCGGCACGUGAUUGGUCAAAUGUCUUUAUAGUCGACUGCAGCGUAUCGAAAUGAAUAUUAUAGUUGAGUUGAGCCCAUACACGAAAAGCACGCAAUUAUAGUUUGGUAUAGGAAAUCUUUAUUCAUCCAUGACAGUUGAGUAGAAAAAAAAUCUUUAUUGUGGUGUUACUGCUGUUAUGACCACUUGAGAACUUAAGGCAUAAUAUUCAAGUGUAUUGUCUUAAGUAUUACAAUGAAAGGUCCCAAUUGGGUCUGUAUUUAAAUAUUACUUAGCCGUGACAAGAUAGAGCUAAGUUGGCAACGAUUUAAUAGCCCAGCCUGUGCACAUGUUAAGUAAAUGUCAUAAUUUCAUAGAAGUUUGACAUUUAAAUCACAUGCACUGUCUGGGCUGUCAAAAUCGCUGCCAACCUAUCUUGGUCUGCUUCUAACUGCAUUUUAAAAAAUCGACAAUAAAAUUGCUUCAAAUUAUGCACAAUAUUUUGGAUAACAACUACAUGGCUACUUAUCUAAAGCAAAUUGUUAAAUUUAUGGAGUAUCAUCUAUAUUCUACAUGAAUGUAAAUAUUGUCAAAAAAAUAACUUGAAAUAACUGAAACCAGCAAUAAUAAAAUAAUUAUUUAUUUACUAUUAUAACACAGUUACCAGCUGAGAUAAUAUUGUAUACAAUAUAGAACUUACACUAACUUAUUUUAAUAAAGUUUAAAUGAUUAGGCAAAAUGGUAUUUUUAUUUUUUAGGAUAAACCAUCUAUUACUGGCCACCUUGCAAUAAAUAAAUAUUAUACGACAUUA